AUGAAGUCGGUGGUAUUACUUCUUUUGCUCUUCAAUCGGGUCAACUCUUUCUUCCACUACAACGAGGACAGUGGAGAAGCUCAGUUCGGUGGCAAACUGGUCUGCGAGUUCAUGGAUUUUGUCGAGUUGCCAAUUGUUGUAGGUUUCAUUUUGAUAAAUUUGGUUAAAAAAGGGUCUUUCGAAAAAAUAUCCCCGCUCUUACUCAACCCCAGUCAAAAAAUCAAAGAUGGAUAAUAUAAUACUGUUUCCAAUAACAAAAGUCUAAAAAAGUAGUGAUAUGAUGCCGUUUUCAAUAACAAAAUCAAAAUUUCAGAAAAUGAAGCUAUGGGAAAGCGAUAUGGGGCGUGGCACUCCAAUCGAUCCGGACGAUAUGCUUCGCGAAAUCGACGUACCAGUUUCUGGAGAAUUCGACAUUACUGGAUUUGAAACAGAAUGGCUUGGCACAAAGUUCUACAUUGAAAUGUGAGUUCAUUUUUUAUAUUGUAGUAGACUUUUGUUAUAGGAAACUCAUUGAGAUAGGGUUUUCGUAUUUUAUAACUUUUUCAUGUUGUUUUAGCUACAGUUUCCUGUAGCGAUUUUUUAUCUUGAGUAACAUCGCACAUAAAAGGAAUGUUCUGUUGACUUAAAACUAAAAUGGCAUUGAUCAUUUCAGUCGCCACAUGUGUGAUGGUACAUGCCGCCGUUUGGACAUAUACGAAGACCAAAUGACAGACGAAAUCGAACUGGGAAGUCGAGGAGAAGAAGAUACUGGAUGUAACACCAAACCCUGGGGAGACAAAGACAAUGGCUUCAAGAGAAAACUGUUGGCAAACAGAAGAAGGAUCAGACAGAUGAAGGAGGAGGAAGAACAGUAG